UUCAACAUUUUCCCCAAGAGCUGGGGUGUGGGAGGGGUGACCCCAGGCCCAGGUGGUGACGCUGUGGGCUGGCCCAGGCCUGGAGUGUGGAGAAGCUUCACUCCCUUGCUUCCUGUCUCUCGUCACUUAAGAACAUCUCUGCAGCAGUUAUCAAGUCAUCUCUCCACGGGGCUCUUGGUUGCACUCCCAUCUGUUCCAGAACAAGAGGAAGAAAGACAGGCUUGGAGGUUCAGGCCCCUGAUGACUCAGGCCCUCGCCUGCCUCAGCAAGGGCACAAUGCCUUUGGAAGUCUCUUCCAGCUUCCUGAUCCUGGUUCUGCACGUGGCACUCUGCCCAGUGGUCACUCAGGGAAAGGAUGUGGUGCUGAGCAAAGAAGGUGCCACAGUGGAGCUGCCCUGCAUAGGGUCCCAGAGGAAGAACAUGCCCUUCAGCUGGAAAUUUCUCAAUGAAACCAAGAUUCUGGCAAAACAGAACUCCUACCUAACUCGAGGGAAAACCCACCUGGGUAACCGGAUUGACUCUAGGAGCAGUCAGUGGGAUAGAGGAUCCUUCCCCCUGAUCAUCCGGAAGCUUGAAAUGAAGGACUCGGAGAUCUACAUCUGUGAGGUGGAUAACAAGAGGAUGCUGGUGGAGCUGAAGGUGUUCAAAUUGACUGCCAGCCCGGGCACUCGCCUGGUGGAGGGGCAGACCUUGAACCUGAUUGUGGAGGGCCCCAAGAACAGCCAGCUACCCGUACAGUUCACCAGCCCAGCAGGUCAAAUUUUCAAAGAGGAAGCGGCCAUCACAGUGCCCAGUGUGGGGUUCCAGCACAAUGGCAUCUGGAGAUGCAUUGUCACCCUGGACAAGAAGUAUCUCCAGUUGGACAUCUACAUCUUGGUGCUGAGUUUUCAGAAGAUGCAGAUACCCAACCCCUUCUACAAGAAAGAGAAGGAGUCUCUGGAGAUGUGCUUCCCCCUGACCUUCAACAAUGAAGACCUGCCCUUCACUGGAGAGCUGAUCUGGCGGGCAGACAAGGCUUCUUCCUCUCAUUCCUGGAUCACCUUCUCUGUGGCAAACCAGAGGGUGUCUGUACAAAAUGACAACCAAGACCCCAAGCUCCAAAUGGCAGAGAAAACCCCACUGUGCCUCACCCUGUCCUCAGUCUUGCUCCAGCAUGCUGGCUCUGGAAACCUGACUCUGACCCUGGACGGAGGCCAGAGACUGUCCCAAGAAGUGAAGCUGGUGGUGAUGAAGGUGGCUCAGGACCAGAACUCUCUCGUCUGUGAGGUACAGGGACCCACUUCCUCCACACUCAUGCUGAGUUGGAAUCUCAAGGACCAGAAGCCCCAGGUCUCGAAGCAAGAGAAGCAGGUUUGGGUGCUGUCUCCUGAAGCAGGGACAUGGCAGUGUCUCCUGAGUGAUGGGAGCCAGGUCCUUCUGGAGUCCACAGUCGAUGUUGUGUCCAGGGGGAUGCCCCAGGACCAGUCAAUGUUCCUGGCUAUCGUGCUGGGGGGUACCCUAGGCUUUCUGUUCCUCACCGGGCUCUGCAUCUUCUGCUGUGUCUGGUGCCGACACCAACGGCGCCAGGCAGCAAGGAUGUCUCAGAUCAAGCGGCUCCUCAGUGAGAAGAAGACCUGCCAGUGCCACCGCCCAUCCCACUCCAGGUCUCCUGAGCUCCUCCUCAGCAGUUCACACAGUGAGCAGGACCCGUCCACCUGGAAACAUAACAGGAACCUGUCAGUUUACAAGAGCGGGCCCUGUGAUCAAAGAGAGCAGAGAUUUCCCGAAGAUCACACAGCCAGUCAAGGACAGAAGCAGAUCCGAACCCCCUGAAGCCAGCCCUCUGUGUCUCAGGCUGCCUGCGCUUCAACCUGUGUUGCUGGACCACCUCACAUCCUGACAGCCAUGCAAACAGGACACACACCCACGCACAGAGCCACAAGUUUGCUCAGGCGCACAAUUUCUUAUCACCCAAGCAGUGUAUCUCAAUGUAUAAACCAGUGCACAGUCUCUGUCUGUUUUGAACUUUAUGAAAAUCCUACCCAAGCAUGGUGCCCCAUGCUUGAAAUCCCAACACUUGGGAGGCUGAGACAGGACUGCUGAAGGUUGGAGGCCAGUCUGGGACAUAUAGUGAGUUCAAGGCCAGAGAGAAGUACGUAGUGAGAACAAAUCUUAAAAAACAAAAUAAAUCUUAAUUCAAAACAGGGGUUGAAGCCUCCUGUUCUCUUAGAGCGCAGGCUAGGAGCACAGACAGUCCUGUGGGAGAGAAACUCAGUGACCAUCACUUACUCCAUGCAGAACCUUCUGGAAGGUGAGCUUAGAGGGCAGAAAGUUAGUUUGGGACUGAGCCCCCAAGAAAGGCCCAGUUCCCAGCCCUGCAACCUCUCCAAAGCCUUCAGAACACUGGGAAAUCUCAGGACACAGAGAAAUCAAAUCGGAGUUACACAUUGCUCUUCCUCCUCUCCUUGAUUCCUUUCUCUCAGGACCUCCAGCCACUUCUGCCUCUCUCACCACCUCCCUCAGGCUCGACCUGUUCCCCACUUUUCCUGUGACCCUUUUCUUUCCAACUCCGUUCUUCCAGAAAGAUCAUCCAAGUGCUGCCAGCUCCCCAUUCCUGCUUCCUUGGGCUGAAGGGAAAAUAUAAUAAAUGUCCUAUGGAGAA